AGUUCAAAUCUUCUGCAAUAAAGAGGGUGCAGUGGUGGUGGUGGCAGCUAUUGGUGUUCUCACAAGCUCUCGCCAUUUUCAACAUGAAGAAAUCAAAGAAGCAAUGGCAGACUAUUCAAGAAGAUGAAGAAGAUAAUGCAAAAUGGGUAAACCACUAUUCCAGUAAUCACCAAAUACUGUUGGUGGGAGAGGGUGAUUUCUCUUUCUCUCUUUCCCUUGCCAAAUCUUUUGGCUCUGCUGCCAACAUCGUGGCUUCCUCUCUCAACUCCUACGAUAAUGUUACCAAAAUGUACAAGAAGGCAAAGUCAAAUUUAGAAGAAUUGCACAAGCUGGGAGCAUUCUUAUUACAUGGAGUUGAUGCAACCAAAAUGAAGCUUCAUCCAGAUUUAAAAAUGCGAAGGUUUGAUCGAGUCAUAUUCAACUUUCCUCAUGCUGGCUUUCAUGGGAGGGAAGAUAGCUCGUCGCUGAUUAAGAUGCAUAAAGCCCUUGUGCAUGGAUUCUUCAACAAUGCAAGUCGCAUGCUUCGAGCCAAUGGUGAAAUACAUAUCAGUCAUAAAACUACAAAACCUUUUAACUACUGGAACAUUGAGAAUCUUGCUGCACAAUGCUUUUUGACGUUGGUUGAGUGUGCUGACUUCAAUAGAAAAGAUUACCCUGGUUACAAUAAUAAGAGAGGUGAUGGCUAUAGAUGUGAUGAACCCUUUCCACUUGGCAAGUGCUGCACAUACAAGUUUGUCUACAUCCCUGAAGGUAAGAGAAAGCGUAUGAAGAGAAAACGAAUGAGGGUUUCUAGACACAAAAGAAAUCUCCGAAUUCAAGAGAUUGAGUAUGCUGUGGAGCAAUUACCAACUUCAGCUCAUCUCAAUUAUUACCCUACAAAAAGUCACUUUCUAAAAAUGAAAGAAGAGACAUCAUUCACUGGGGUUCACUUAAGUAACAUGACAAAAGUGUAUGGAAGAGGUGCUCCUCCUGGUGGUUAUUCUUCUUCUCUUUGUAUGAGUCUAGGCCCUCCAAGAACAUUUCAACUAUGGCCAGCAUCUGCUAAUGUCAGAUACUCUAUGACAGAUCAUAUUAGAAGAAGGGAAACUGUUCCCGAACCACUGUAUACUCGAAGAACAUUGCAACCAAUGGAGCCAGAGCCAACAUCUGCUUAUAUCAGACACUCUUUGACAGAUAAUAUUAGAACAAUGGAAACUGUUCCUGAACCACUGUAUACUCGAAGAACAUUGCAACCAAUGGAGGAAAGGCAAUCUUUGCAAACAUGGCCAGCAUCUGCUAAUGUCACAUACUAUCUGUCAGAUAAUAUUAGAAGAAUGGAAACUGUUCCAGAACCACUGUAUGCUCGAAGAACAUGGCAACCAAUGGAGCCAUUGCAAUCUUUGCAACCAGGGCCCAGAUCUGCUAAUAUCACAUACUCUCUUAAAGAUCAUAUUAGAACUCUGGAAACUGUUCCAGAGCCACUGUAUACUGGAAGAACAGUGCAACCAAUGCAGCAGUUGCAAUCUUUGCUACGAGGGCCAACAUCAACCGAUGUUAAAUUCUCUCUGACAGAUGAUGAUAGAACAAUGGAAGCUAUGGGUGUAUCACCUGAUGCUAGAAAUGAAGGGUAUCGGGUUAAUGGUGACAGGUCACAUGGUAGAAGAAUUCAUACUUCUCCCUUAUCACAUGGUGAUAGAAAUGAAGGGUAUUGUGAGGUCUAUGGUAGAUGCUCAAAUGAUUGCAGAAGAAGAAAUGAUAAUGGAAGUUGUCUUGAUGGAGUAAGUUGUGACUUUGAAAGAUUCAUUGCUGAAGUACCUGGGAGGAGUGUUCAGAGUGAGCUUCACCGAAGUGUGAUUGUGCAGUCAUGAUCAUUCCGUCAACAUUGGAAAGUGCUGUAGAGCAACUUCAAUACCAGUUCACACUGUUUUAUUUCUUUUUUUUUUGUUUCUUCUGCCUGUUUAAAGCCUCUUACAUUCAAGUGCUUGCAGAAGCUGGUAUAAUUUUGUCAUUCACAUUUUCCAUUUGUUCAUC